AUGUUCUCUUGGAUGAAGAGCGAUUCGGCGCUGCGCAAGGAGCCGGAGGUGUAUGCCAGUGUGACGGACGGUCUGAAGAAAGUCUAUAAACAGAAGCUGCUGCCGCUCGAGGAGUACUACAAGUUCCACGAGUUCCACUCACCUUCCCUCGAUGACCCUGACUUCGACGCCAAGCCGAUGAUCCUACUUGUCGGUCAGUACUCGACCGGAAAAACUUCCUUCAUCCGCUACCUGCUCGAGUCGGACUUCCCAGGCAUGCGCAUCGGCCCCGAGCCCACCACCGACCGUUUCAUCGCCGUCAUGUAUGGCGAACAGGAGGCAGUCAUCCCAGUGGAUACAAAACGCCAGUUCAGGCCGUUGUCGAAGUUCGGCAAUGCGUUUCUGAACCGGUUCCAAUGCUCGCAGAUGAACAACGAAGUUCUGAAGAGCAUCACGUUCAUCGACACGCCUGGAAUACUUUCUGGUGAAAAGCAGCGCAUCGACCGCGGCUACGACUUCGCCGGCGUUCUGGAAUGGUUGGCAGAAAGGGUGGACAGAAUCAUACUUUUAUUUGAUGCUCACAAACUGGACAUUAGCGAUGAAUUCAGAAGAUGUAUAGAAGCGGUGGGCGGCAACGAAGACAAGGUCCGCAUUGUGUUGAACAAGGCGGACAUGGUCGACCACCAGCAGUUGAUGCGUGUAUACGGUGCUCUGAUGUGGUCUCUGGGUAAAGUGUUUAAAACACCUGAAGUGGCCCGUGUGUACAUUGGCUCGUUUUGGGAUCACCCCCUUCAGUACGACAUUAAUCGUCGACUGUUCGAGGACGAACAGCACGACCUUUUCCAAGAUCUGCAAAGCUUGCCGCGAAAUGCGGCGCUGCGCAAACUCAACGACCUGAUCAAACGCGCUCGAUUGGCCAAGGUGCAUGCGUGUAUCAUCGCGUAUAUCAAGCGCGAAAUGCCGUCCGUCAUCGGCAAGGAAAAACGAAAGAAGGAACUGAUCGCCAACCUGGGCAAGAUUUACGAACAAAUCCAGGUACAGAAUGGUUUAGUGCAUGUUCAGUCUUUUUUCGCUCUUCCCCUCCGCUUCACCUUAGCAUCUGCUUCUUUUUCGAGUUUAUCUAUUGCGUUUUCGCAAGAAUAAAG